AUGCGCUUUCACACCUGGAGAAAGCUGUGGCUAAAUCUUGCGAUUGCCGAAAAGGAGCUCGGACUGCCCAUUUCCGACCUCGCGAUCCAACAAAUGAAAGAAAACCUCCAUCUCGACGCCGACCAGUUCAAGGCAGCUGCUGAAGAGGAGAAGAAACGGAGACACGAUGUCAUGGCGCACGUACAUGUCUUUGGAACUGUCGCUCCUGCGGCUGCUGGUAUCAUCCAUCUUGGAGCAACGUCGUGUUUCGUUACAGAUAAUGCGGAUCUCAUCUUCUUGCGAGAAGGUCUCACCCUCUUGCUGGACAAGCUCGCGAUCCUCAUCUCGCGUCUCUCGUCCUUUGCCGAGGAAUACGCCUCCAUGCCCACAUUGGGAUUCACGCAUUUCCAACCGGCACAACUUACCACCGUAGGCAAACGGGCAACGCUCUGGAUCCAGGAACUUCUCUGGGACCUGCGUAACCUCACCAGAGCCAGAGAUGAUUUAGGAUUCCGUGGUGUCAAAGGAACGACAGGAACACAAGCGUCCUUCCUCACGCUCUUCAAGGGCGACCAUUCCAAGGUGCUCGCCCUAGACAAGCGCGUGACAGAGCUUUCCGGCUUCUCCUACGCGUACCCUGUCACGUCGCAGACAUACUCGCGAAAGAUUGACAUUGACGUUCUUCAUGCUCUCGGUAGCUUGGGAGCCAGCGCGCACAAAAUGGCAACGGACAUUCGGCUGUUGGCAAAUUUAAAGGAGAUGGAGGAGCCGUUUGAAAAGGGCCAGAUUGGAAGUAGCGCAAUGGCGUAUAAGCGCAAUCCAAUGAGAUGCGAGCGCGUUUGCAGUCUUGCGAGACAUCUCAUGGUUCUUCCGCAGAACGCGCUCAUGACGGCGAGCGUGCAGUGGUUUGAGAGAACGCUCGACGAUAGUGCAAACCGCCGUGUUUCCAUUCCAGAGGCCUUUUUGACCGCAGAUAUCGUCCUUUCAACACUACAAAACAUCUCGGAGGGAUUAGUCGUCUAUCCAAAGGUCAUUGCACGGAGAAUCGAGGAAGAGUUACCGUUCAUGGCCACUGAGAAUAUUAUCAUGGCCAUUGUCACGCACAACAGCAAGUCUACGGGUGCGAAUGAGCAAUCAGGUGACGUAACGGCUGCGGGAGAUCGACAAGAGGCCCACGAGCACAUUCGUGUCCUCUCACACCAAGCUGCCAAGGUGGUCAAGGAAGAAGGCAAGCCUAACGACCUCAUUGAGAGGAUAAAAAAGGACGAGUACUUCCAACCUAUCUGGGAUCAACUCGACGCGUUGAUGGACCCGUCGACCUUUAUCGGUCGCGCGCCCGAGCAGACGCACGAAUUCAUCAAAGAGUGGGUUGAGCCUGCGCUCAAACCCUAUGAAAAUGCCCUCAAGUCCGCCAAAGUGGUCGAGUUGAACGUGUAG